AGCUGUCAGCACAGAGCCCAAUGCGGGGCUCGAACUCACGGACCGCGAGAUCAUGACCUGAACCGAAGUCGGACGCUCAACCGACUGAGCCACCCAGGCGCCCCUAGGGUGCUCUCUUCACGCUUCAUGUGGCCAAGUCCUCCUGGCCCUUUAAGUCCCAGCAACAGACAUGCCUUCUCCAGGAGCCAUUCUAGGUCACUCCUUCCCAUGACCCCCAAGACCUGCUCUCCUGGGCCCCAACCCGGUAGGAGGAACUCUGACCCAAGCCUUGCACUGGGUCUGACACCCCCAGGAAGCCCUCAGGGCUGCUCCCAUUCUUGGGACAGACACUGUGGCGGGAGUGACCACUGGAGAUUGUCCUAGGAAUGCAGCAAAGGACUGGUUUCUGGGCUGAAGGCCAGGCCUCCUUGCCCUCCUGAGCUCUAGCACCACUAAAAUCAGAUCAGGAGGUCCGCACUUUCAGCUGGCAACCUCUUAGCACAGCCCUGAAUAGGCAGUAUGUGCUUAAUCCUUGCACAACUGACCAAAGUGUUCCUCAGCGGUUCAAACCUGAAUUUCCUCAGCUUGACCCAAAGUUUUGGGACCAACUCAGUUCCCCAAUCCCCCUGUCUAUAAAAUGGGUUUGGGUGUGAGGGCAGUGCUCACACCUGCCAGGGUAAAAAGGGUCCUCCCUGUCCCUGGCAGUUCAUCCUCACAACAUGCUGGUGGCCACUAUGACCACAUUCUGCCAAGGAGGCUCAGAGAGGGGAAGGGGCUUGUGGGUAGGGGCCAAAGUAAACAAGAACCUGGGCCUCAAGCACCCAGGGCAGUGUUCUCUCCCUGCGUGAACUUGUCCCCCUCUCGUUGCCCCAGCUUCUCCCAACCAAAGCCCACCUCCUCCAAGUCAUCCCUGCAAAUGCUGCCUCUGCUACUGGAGCUGUCCUCCUCGGAACAAUGAGAAGCCACCUUACCUCCUCUGGUCCAUCCUAACAGCUCUGAGUCUUGGUUUGGGAGUAAGGAGGGGCUGGAAGAGGGCUUGGCACCGGCAGGGAGAAUCUCACUCAGAUGGGUUCUCAGGGGCAUCACCUCUAUCCCCGCAACCCACACCUGUCACUCCCGGUGAGCUCUGGACCUGCCAUGCAGGAGACAGUGCCUGAGAAGUGGAAGUAUGUGGGAGGAUCUGAGGGCAUACAGUAGGUGUUCAAUAAUGGUUUGGGAGAAAAGGAAGAGAGGGAAGGAGAGAGGGUGAAGGUGACCAAAUAAGUGAGUGCAUAAGUAGAUUACCAUGUAGAGGGAUGGAUAGGUCAGUGGAUGAGCCAUUGAAUGGAGAAAGGAGGGAUGGAUGGGGGAGUGAGUGACUACAGGGUAACUCUGGGUGUUACAGCUAAAGGGGGAGCCAAAAACUCUUUAAUUACCCACAUGCCCAUUUGACAGAUGAGAAGACUGAGAGAGGGCUGAGGAGAAAGGAAGCUGCUGGGGCUGUGGGGCUGGCCUUUGACCAGCAGCCUCUGGUUCUCCCCCACCUUUCUAUCCCCUCAUCACCCUCUUCCUUCUGCUGGGUGGGAAGGGUUCCAGGAAGGAGACAUUUUCUCCGCCUCCUUGCUCCUCGAGGCCCAGUUUCCGCCAGACCUUGGUGUUGGAGGUGGCAGGGAGGGGGUGGCCCCCGCAGGGGCUAUUUCAGUCAGAGACAGCCCUGCCAGGAAACAGAGGAAGCCGCCUGCUCCUUUGGAGGUGUUGCAGCCUGAGUUGAGGGCAGGAGAGUGGAGAGCCUCAUGUCUGGCCUCCCCUUGCUCCAACGCAUUUGAGGCCACCAAGGUGCUUCGGGGACAGGAGGCUGCAUGUCCAUUAGAUUUAAGUUGCGAGUUCUCUCUGGGCACCAGUAAAUGUGUACAUGCCAGUUGGGAGAUAAGAAGAUUGCAGCCAAAAGAAGAACCAUGGCUUUGGAAGGUGGAGUCCAGUCUGAGGAGCCUCUGUGCAUGCGGGAAGCAUAAUCGGGCAGCCAUGGAGUGGGACAACGGGACAGGACAGGCCCCGGGCUCACUGCCCACCACCUGUGUCUACCAAGAGAACUUCAAGAGACUGCUACUGCCACCUGUGUACUCAGUGGUGCUGGCGGCCGGCCUGCCACUGAACGCCUGUGUCAUCGCCCAGAUCGGCACAUCCCGCCGGGCCCUGACCCGCACGGCCGUGUACACCCUGAACCUGGCCCUGGCCGACCUGCUCUACGCCUGCUCCCUGCCCCUGCUCAUCUACAACUAUGCCCAAGGUGACCACUGGCCCUUUGGCGACCUCGCCUGCCGCCUGGUCCGCUUCCUGUUUUACGCCAACCUACACGGCAGCAUCCUCUUCCUCACCUGCAUCAGUUUCCAGCGCUACCUGGGCAUCUGCCACCCACUGGCCCCCUGGCACAAGCGUGGGGGUCGCCGCGCCGCCUGGGUAGUGUGUGGGGCCGUGUGGCUGGCUGUGGCGACCCAGUGUCUGCCCACAGCCCUCUUUGCUGCCACAGGCGUCCAGCGUAACCGCACCGUCUGCUAUGACCUGAGCCCGCCUGCCCUGGCCUCCCACUAUAUGCCCUACGGCAUGGCCCUCACGGUCAUCGGCUUUCUGCUGCCCUUUGCCGCCCUGCUGGCCUGCUACUGCCGCCUGGCUUACCAUCUGUGCCGCCAGGACGGCCCAGCAGGGCCAGUGGCCCGGGAGCGGCGUGGCAAGGCAGCCCGCAUGGCGGUGGUGGUGGCAGCCGCCUUUGCCGUCAGCUUCCUGCCCUUCCAUGUCACCAAGACAGCCUACCUGGCGGUGCGCUCUACAUCUGGGGUCCCCUGCCCUGUGCUGGAGGCCUUUGCAGCUGCCUACAAAGUCACACGGCCCUUUGCCAGUGCCAACAGCGUGCUGGAUCCCAUUCUCUUCUACUUCACUCAGAAGAAGUUCCGCCGGAGGCCACAUGAGCUGCUGCAGAAACUCACGGCCAAGUGGCAGCGACGGGGUCCCUGAGCCCACUGGGGACAAGGACACCUGGGGCCGUGGCGCCGGAAGCCCCACCAACCCCAAACUGUGCAGAGAAUUAGAGCUUAGCUCAGCUGGGCAUGGAGUGAGGUCGCCCCACAGACUCCAAAAUCUCAACCAAUGACUAUUUAUUGAGCUCUUUCUCUGGACCGGGCCGUGUGGGCACAGAGAGACAAGCUCGGACCUGGCUCUCCAGAAGGUCCCAGUCAGCCCUGGAGAGGCAGGGAAGCCAUGUUAAGCUGCUCACAAAAAUGGCGUGUGACAUGCACUGUAAUUGAGGAGCAUGCCGAAUGUUUUGGAGUCACCAAUAAAGGGAGUGAGGGAACAUGGGAGGAGGAAGUGAGGGCUUCUGGAAAGGAGCAUUUGAGCUGGAUUUUGAGGGAUGAAUAUGAGCUCUCUGGAGGUAUGUGAUGUUCCAUUCAUUCAGCAAAACUUUACCUACACCUUGUGCUUGGGCCUGGGUUGAUUCCAGCGCCCCAGGAGAACAAGUCCCAGCUCUGCCCCAUAUAGGCUCCCAACUACUGGAUAUACUGACAUUUGACAAAGUGAUGUCAAGGCUGUGACAGAGGGAAGCAUGGCUGGCGGGGAGGGGUGAACAGAGGAUACCCAUGAUCCAGUCCAAGGAGGCAGGAAAGAUUUCUCAGGGCAGGGCUGGGGGGCAUCUGAACCAGAUGUUGAGGGUUGAGUGGCAGGUCAGCAAAUGGAAGUGGGGAGCGUGUUCACCCAGCCUGGGAUGGCCCUAAUCUAGACUCUGCGCUGGAGGAGAUGGGUAGAGAGCUGGAGUGGGGGGCAGGCAUAUGGUCUGCUGUGUGUGAAAGUUGAGAAAACAAAAGCUGUCCCAUGGCCACCCUUCAGGCUGUGGGGGCUGAGCAGAGGGAAGAAUCAGGGAGCACUUCUUCAAAGAGUGGAGUUUAAGCCAGGGAGGAAUCCAAAAGACAGAGAGAAGGAGGCUGCUCCUGAUGGAAGGCACUGGGUGCAUAAAACCCAGAGGCAGAGACCUGUUGAAUCUGGCUGCAAAUCAAUAGUGAGUUUUAGUUAAGUCCAAGAGGGGAUGGAGUGGGUGGGACCAGAGCACUGAAUGCCAGGAAGAGCCCCAGACCCCACCUCUCCUCCACCUAUCUCUUCGCAUGGGCCUCUUUCAGCCUCAGGGUAUCCUGGGUGCCUGAGGAACCCUCCACCAGGCCCCCCCAAGUGAAGGGAAAUAGCCCUUCAAUAUUGCUUCAUUCUAGAAGGAGAAGUCAACUUGAAGAGACUCAGGGCCAUGCCACGGCUACCAGGAGGCUGCCACAUGGAGGUGCAGAAGUCCUGUGGCCAGUCUCAAGACAGACUGUUCCAUGGGUUCUGCUCCUGCCCUCUCACCUUCAUCAUUCUGGCCUGUGGGUGCCUGGGAGGCUGCUGGAGGCCAUCUCACAGGGGCAUCUCAAACACAGACCUGAGCCUUCAAAAGCUUUGGAAAGGCAUCUUCACUGAAGGUCUCUGAGAAGACAGCCAAGGGAUUCUGCCACAUAAGGCCUCUUUACCUGCUCUCCCCACCCACCCCUCCUUUCGGCCCCACCCACACAGCUCCUCACCCUCUCUGCUCCUUUUCCUCAUAUCUCCACACACACCCCCACCGGACCCCCCCUCACUUCUCCUCCAUUCCUUAUUCCUUCCUUCCAGGUCCCAGCUUUCCACCUGUAGAACAAUUUCACCUGCCCUUGGCUGCUAGUAUACCACUCAGACCCUGUACCCGAACCAGCCUUGACAAAGAGUCUACCUUCUUAGAGGGUAGAGCCGAGAGAGGGCAGGGCAUAGGGACAGGGCAGGGAGGGGAAGGACUGCGUAGCUUACUCAGCAUCUAAUCUCCAAGGGUGUUGGGCAAUGGGGGCAUUCAGAGAAGGGCUCUGCGGGAGUUAAACUCCAUAAUAAUGUUGGAAAUGUGCUUGCAACUGUCUGAGGAAGUGGGAAAACCGGGCCCAAACCAUCUUGGGAACCCGUCAAAAGUGCCCUUGCUGAAGAGGUUGAUGAUAAUUUGGACAGAAGGGACUUUGAUUCUUUGGGUCACAGGGAAGAGAUGUGAGGAAAUGUCAGAAGAUGUAUAUUCCCAACACAAUGCAAUGUCCUGCCAAGUAGCACAGAUGAUGCUUGCCUUGCAUCUUGUUGAGAGUCUGAGAUGAGACUCUUCAGUUGCCUGUCAUGGGGGAGUAGGGCAGCAGGAGAGCGGAAGGCAGAGGGCUUCUGCCCACAGUGCCCAGAGCAUCCCAGAUGACUGUCCUAGCAGACUGCCGAGAAUGGUGACCCUUUCUUUGGUUACUUUUCCAAGAGUGAACAUUGUGGGCCACAGGUAAAUUCCAUUUCCAGCAUCCCUUCGCAAGGCAGAACAGCAUAAAGGGUGGAAACUGCAGACCCAGCUCAACCUGAGCGUGUAUCUUGGCUCUACCACUUACUAGUUAUGUUACUCUGGGCAAGUUAUGUAGCCUCUUUGUACCGUAACUUCCCAGGCUAUAAAAUGGGAAUGAUGAUGCUAUCUGUCUUGCGAAGUGGUUGUGAGGAUUAAUACGUGCAAAGCACUCAGAGUAAUGCCGAAACACAGUAAGCGUGCAAUGAGUGUUGCUAUUGUAAUGACUUUGCCUUUUGUGCACACAAGUUCCUCCAGUCUCUCUCUCUAGGAAUUUGCCUAGGAAGUUUCUAAACAAGGGGCUCUGAGCAAGGGAUUUCUCCUUCCUUCACCUGGGGAGGCAGCUGGUCUUUUAAGAAAAAAAACUCCGCGUACUUUUUUUUUUCCCUUCAGAACGAGGGUCAUAAUCCAUGAGCCCCAUCUAUCUACUCCUACAAGAAGGAAAAACCAUUUAUUAAUGCCAGUACGAGAGACUCCCGAGUGCCAUUGGGGAGCUUGAAUUUCCCCCCUCCUUUCUCCCUCCUUUUGUCCCCAUCCCCUAAUCUCUCUCCUCACUUUAACCCAGAGCACACCCGGGGAUAGGGGCUUCAGCUGGGGAUGUCUGCUCACUGGGGUAAAGACAGAGGAGACACGGACGAAGGUGUGGAGGUAGAGUGUGGUGAGGGGUGGGGGAGCAUGUGGGUUCACAGGGGUCCAAGGUGAUGCUCUGGGCUUGAGGAAGACUUCCUGGGGUGUAGCAGUGCAGCUGGGGCUUGAAGGAUGGCCAUAAUUAGACUGAAGAAGAGAGGGCAAGUUUGUUCUGGUGCGGGGAACAGCACAGCCCAAGGCGUAGAGGCCGUUGGAGGAAAGAUAGCAAGAGAUUAGGCUGGAGAGUUGGCAGGGCUGGAGAGUAAAAGGGUUGGUGCCAGCCCAGGGGAGCACCGGGGAGCCACAACAAUGACAGCAGUGGCCAUUUGUUGGGCUCUGCAGGUCCUGGGCACAUGCAGUGUGCUGUACACACGUUUUCUCACUUAAUCCUUACAAUACCUCCAAUUACAGAUGGGGAUACUGAGGCCCAGAUGUGAGAAUUGACCUGUGAAGGUCACACAGUCCUUCUCUAACCCAGAUACUAGAUGCCCCCCUUGCGUUACUCGACCUGCCUCGCUUCCCUUUCCUUUUAUUACGUGCCUUUCAAGUGCCCACCUGCCUCAGCCAGUGCCAGUAAUUGGGGAACCCCCUAGGAAGUUGUAACAGAGACGGCUAAGUGCCAACUGCAGUAUUAACUCUCCUUUAAUUGGGCACAAGUUCUCCUAGGAUGAAAACUUCAUUUCCCAGCCUUACUUGCAGCUAGGUACGACCAGGUAUCUUAAUCCUGGGCAGUGGGAUAUAAGCAAAGUGGCCUACAGCAGUUUAACACAGGAAGGGGAUGAAGGUCUUUAAAAGAUAGGUGGGGUCUAUCCUUUGCCUCCCCUCCCUUCUUGCUGCUUACAAUGGGGGCCUCACAGCUGGGGCACCAUCUUGGACCAUGAGAAACAGCUUGGGUUUCUGACCAUUCCAGUUUGGGGCCACCUGAAUUGGACUUUUGCACAAGAGGGAAAUAAAUGUCUAUCUUUUUUAAGCCA